AUGGGCCUCGCAAUGACCUUUGCCCACUUUGUGGUGUCCCAGAGCAGUCUUCUCGUCUGCACGGCGGUGACGGCUGCCAGCGCCAACUCAGUGGCGGCUCUGAAGGCGGGCGACACGCUGCGUUCGCGCCGGCGGCGGUUCACAGAGAAUGACGUGGCGGCGUACGCGGGGGUGAGCAGCGACCGCAACCCCGUCCACCUGGACGACGCUUUCGCGCGCGGGGUGGGCGGGUUCCAGCGCGACCGCGUGGUGCACGGCAUGCUCAUCGCCUCCCUCUUCCCCGCCCUCAUCACCUCCCACUUCCCUAGGGCCGUUGGGAUCUGUCAGUCCCUCAAGUUUGCCGCACCGGUGUACAUCGGAGACGAGGUGGUCGCGCAGGUACAGGCGCUCCAUAUCAAGGCCGCCGGCGCAAGGCACAUCGUCAAGUUCGCCACCAAGUGCUUCACGGCUGAUGAAGAGACUCUCGCCAUUGACGGCGAGGCCAUGGCUUCUCUGCCCACACUGCAGCUCAGCACAGAGGCAAUAGAUUGA